UAUACCACAGAGGAACAAACAGCACAGUCUGGCAGAGAUCUUUCCUCACGACAGCCACAGCCACAGACUCAUUCAACUGCAAACGAGAAGUUUCAAUGUGAUCCUUCGUUCUCCAGAUGCCUUUUCAACACUCUUGACCUUAAUGAGCAUGGCAUCAGUCUGGCUAUCAGUACUCGUCUAAUGGAUAUGGAUCACUGCCUUGUUAAAAGUGGCUCAAGCAUUGGUUUGUGGCGAGGUAAACACUUCUGCUUCUGUGGUGGCUGUAGGCUCGUCCAUAUCAGCGUCCUGCCUCAUCAACAAUGAAUGCCCACUGACUAAAGGCAAAGAGUUUCGCGUGGAAUGGAAGAUUAACAACAAUUUAGUCCCCACCAAUCUCACUUACCUGGAGAGGAAUGGGACUUAUGCUGCAUUUAUUCCUAACAAUCUGGGCACAAGCGCUGAAAUUACUUGUGGAAUUUGUGUAGAAACCAACUGCCAAAUAGUGGGUGGAAGCAUCGUCGAAGUGAAACAUCCACCACCCAUUCCACAGAACCUAAGCUGUGUCAUGACUUUUUCUCCGAGAGGAAUGCUGUGUAAAUGGGAUCCUUGUCAAGAAACGGCAGACAUUUCUACAAUCUACACACUUCACACCUCUAUCAGUUCUCCAAACAGGACCACUUCAAAAAGGCUUCCUCCUGGGGUGCAUUUUUACCAGAUUCCACGAUUGGAAAUUGCUCUUACAUCUAAGAUGGAGAUUUAUGUGGAGGCAUCUAAUGUGUUCUGGAGCAUCAGCUCUGCACGUCUGCUGUUGGUGCCAAUGGAAUCAGCAAAGUACGGCCCUCCUAACAUUCAGAGGAUUGAAGCAGAUGAGUUAGGAUGUUUCAGGUACAGAUGGAGUCUUCCGCAGUCUCAGAGUUGGGUGAAAUUGACCUUUGAUGUGGAGCUGAGUCUGAAAGAAGUGGACAAGAAGUUAUCCACAGAGUUGGUUUUCCCCAGAUGUGCAUCACAAUCAAAUGGCUCAAUUAAGGUGUGUGAUAUCCUCCACUGGACCAAUUAUAGCACCAAAAUGAGAGUUCGGUAUUUCAGUGUAUGGAGUGAAUGGAGUGAUUCAAAAGUAGCCACCACACUUACAACAGCUCCAUCUGGCCAUCUGGACGCAUGGCUCAAAGUACCAGAUGAUGAUGGUGAUGAUAUUGCACAGCUCUACUGGAAACCCUCAAAACACUUUCGUGCCAAUGGCCGGAUUAAGUCAUACACUGUUGAAUCCAAGGAACCAAAACAGAUUUUAUGUGAUACAAGAGAAAAUCACUGCUCUUUCAAUCUCAGUAAGUGGAUUCGACAGGUCUACCUUACUGCCUCUAAUGCAGAUGGCAGCUCCACACCUACUGAAGUCAAAGUAUUUGGGAAGAAAGGACUGGAACCUGUGUCUAACAUAAGUGUGCAUCCCCAGUCUGAGAGCUCAGUUCUGAUAGUGUGGAAAAGCUUGGUGUCCUCUCGUGUCGUGGGAUAUGUGCUGGAGUGGAGAUCUCUCAGCGAGACACAUGCAGCCCAACUCUACUUUACACUGCUCAACAAAAAUCACUCCAGUACUGUAGUAACAGGGUUUGAGCCUUACAUGCCUUAUGAGAUCUCUAUUUAUCCCAAGUAUUUGGAUGGAAUUGGACAUUCUCUUACUGUGAUUGCAUACAGCAAGGAGAAAGCACCCUCUGUGGCACCAGAGUUGAUGUUUGGAGAAAAUCAUCAUUCUACAUAUGUCCACCUUUUGUGGGACGAAAUUCCUCUGAAGCAAAGAAAUGGCAUCAUUCGAGGAUAUACCAUUUACGUCUGGGAUGAAAGACACAACAUACAAAUUUUAAGGACUAAGACGACAGAUAUUUUGGUGAGACAUCUUCAGCCUCGGUCCAGAUAUAAUGCCCUUAUAUCAGUUCAUACACUGGGUGGGAGUUUGAACGGAUCAGUUGUGAUCUUCAAAACUGGACAAUUUGGUGGAGUUGAAAUUGUGCCCUUGGUGAUUCCUGUAUGCGUUGGAUUUUCUUUGCUCAUCCUCAUCACUGCGUUUGCAUGUCUCAACAAGCAUGAGCGCUUGAAGUUGUGUUUGUGGCCGAUCAUUCCUGAUCCUGCCAACAGCAGCAUUAGGAGAUGGACUACUACAGACUCGUUGCAGGGCAUGCCCCCCUUUAAGGAAGACAAGGACCCUGUGAUGGUGUAUCUAUCUCAUUUCAGUCUUCUGGAUCUCUCUGACAAAGAGCUCUGCAACAGUGACUAUGUUAAAGAGAACCUGUGGUCACAUGAUAGUGUCAGCCAUGAUGAAGGCCACAACUUAUUCCAGACCUCGCAGGAAAAUACAGACUCUGUGCCUUAUGCCACUGUUAUGUUUAGUGGUCCAUAUGAAAACCAGAAGGCCUCGCCACCAGUCUACCUACGUUCUGAGUCCACGCAGCCGCUCUUAGGGGUGGAAGACCCUGAUAGUCCCCCACCAUAUGAGAAUAUGUCAGGAAGGGUUUCCGUCGCAAACUUCUUUACUAAGAUCCCUCAGGAAUCCACUGAGAAUGAAGCACUUUGGGAAGAAUUUCCCAUGCUCAGGUCUUUAGAGAACAGGAAUACAGACCACAUUUAAAUGUUUCUAUGUGCUUGUUUUAUGAUGGUGUGAUUUCAUGUGGCUACACAGAUUUGUAUGUAUUCGACUGCUGUUGCUUUGAAUAAUAAAACCAUGUAUACUGUG